GUCGGGGCGCGGGCUGGGGCUGCAGUCAGUCAGCACAUCGGCUCCGGCGCGGCGUGUCUGUCUGUCGCUCGGAGGGUGGACGCCGGGGUCUCGCAGGCCACAUGAUGACUCUGUGCCUCAAUUGCUCUGUCCUCCCUGGAGAUCUGUCCCCAGGGGGUGCAAGGAGCCCCAUGGUUUGCAAUGGCAGUGCGGCCAGGGGGUACUUUGACCCUGAGGACUUGAACCUGACUGACGAGGCACUGAGAUUCAAGUACCUGGGGCCGCAGCAGACAGAGCUGUUUGUGCCCAUCUGUGCCACGUACCUGCUGAUCUUCAUGGUGGGUGCCGUGGGUAAUGGGCUGACCUGCCUAGUCAUCCUGCGCUACAAGGCCAUGCACACGCCCACCAACUACUACCUCUUCAGCCUGGCCGUGUCGGACCUGCUGGUGCUGCUGGUGGGUCUGCCCCUGGAGCUCUAUGAGAUGUGGCACAACUACCCCUACCUGCUGGGCAUUGGUGGCUGCUAUUUCCGCACGCUGCUGUUUGAGAUGGUCUGCCUGGCUUCAGUGCUCAAUGUCACUGCCCUAAGUGUGGAACGCUAUGUGGCUGUGGUACACCCGCUCAAGGCUAGGUCCGUGGUGACGCGGGCCCAUGUGCGCCGAGUGCUUGGGGCCAUCUGGGGUCUUGCCAUGCUCUGCUCCCUGCCCAACACUAGCCUGCACGGCAUCCAGCAGCUGCACCUGCCCUGUCGGGGCCUGGUGCCCGACUCAACCAUGUGCAUGCUAGUCCGCCCACGGGCCCUCUACAGCCUGGUAGUGCAGACCACCGCGCUGCUCUUCUUCUGUCUGCCGAUGGCCAUCAUCAGUGUGCUCUACUUGCUCAUUGGGCUGCGGCUGUGGCGGGAGAGGCUGCUGCUCACGCAGGAGGCCCAGGGCAGGGGCUCCGAAGCUGCCAGGUCCAGAGACACCUGCAGGCUCCAGCAGCGAGAUCGGGGCCGGAGACAAGUGACCAAGAUGCUGUUUGUCCUGGUCGUGGUGUUCGGCAUUUGCUGGGCCCCGUUCCAUGCAGACCGCGUCAUGUGGAGCCUCGUGUCACAGUGGACAGAGGGCCCGAAGCUGGCUUUCCAGUACCUGCACGUCAUCUCUGGUGUCUUCUUCUACCUUGGCUCGGCAGCCAACCCGGUGCUCUACAGCCUCAUGUCCAGCCGCUUCCGAGAGACCUUCCAGGAGACCCUGUGCCUCAGAGCCCGCUGCCACCGCCUGAGACCUUACCACAGCUCCUACAGCCUCAGCAGGGUGACCACAGGCAGCACCCUGUGUGAUGUGGGCACCCCAGGCAGCAGGGUCCACCCCCUGGCUGGGAACAAUGGCCCAGAGGGGCAGCAAGAGACUGACUCACUGUGAGUGGAGCCUCAAAGUGGCUUCACUUGGAGGGGCCAGAGGGCCACGUGGAACUGGGGAGACACAUCUGCCUUCCUCUGCAGGGAUACCUUCACCUACUGUCCCCUGUUCGGCCUAGAAAUUCUGAUUGGCAUGUCAGUUUCCCUCAGAGGGAAACAGCAGGAGGAAGGAUUGAUCUCUGAUUGCUGAGGACUCAUACUGGCCAGGCGCCACACCGUGUGCUUCUUAUCCCUCACUGCCACUUCCCCAGUUCAAGUCCUUCCCCUGCAGAAACACCAUGGUUAGCUGGGGUUCAGCAGUCCUCCCUCUGGGGACUCCUGCCACCACUGCCAAUUUCUGAAACGGUCCCACUGGGCCCUCGAUGUCCUUCCCAGGUCCUUUUCAGGUUCUGGCAGGGGCCCAGGGAUCCAGGAGACCUGGUUCCAAUCUCAGCCCUGCUGUCACCACCUUGUCUUGUGGCAUCAAGCAUAUCAGUCCACCUUUCUAGGCCUCAGUUCCUUGCUUGAAAAAUGAAAGAGGCACUGGCUUUCCACAGUGUCAUGCUUGGACACUUUAGCUGUGGUUUUCUUUCUGUGUUAAGUUACUGCUUGUAAUGAAACCAACAAUACUCUCAGACUGACAAGGCGGAAAUUAUUUUCUGUAUUUUUAUCAGCCCCAAGCUCUACUUCCUCCCUGACCUCCACAUGCCCUCCCCAGCCCCUCCCAGCACAAGUGCAGCAGAGCCAGCAAGGAAGAAACCCUGCCCCCCACCACAGGCCACCUACGUGCAGGCUGGCUUGAGGGCCCAGUGAACAGAGCACUGGACUUGGCUUGCCAGAGGGUCUCAGGGCAAGAGACACGGCCAACCAAGUGAGAAGUGAGAAGAGGGACAGGGACAAGUCAUCCUUGAAACCAAGACCCAUUCUGAGUCUCCGCGGGCCAAGUCAGAGCUCAGCCAGGACUCAAUUCAUGGAUGAAACUUCUCCUGCUGCCAGUCCCUGGGUCUUGUCCUCCUGAGAGGAAGUCCUGGCUUCCAUGGCUGGGAGCUGUAGGAUGGCCUGGGGUCGGUCUGUCCGGGUUCUCCCUGUAGACAGCUUCCUAGCUUGUGCCCCUAGCUCAUGCUCCCUGGUGAGAAAGUGGAGGACAUGGUACAGGGUUGCAGAUAAUGUUUAGUUAAAAAAAUUCAAUUAUAAAAAUAUUAAACGCUCAUCACAGAAAAUUUGGAAAGUGCAAAUAAGCAAAAAUGAAAAUAAGUUUUAAAAAUGUAAAACCUCAGG